GCACACUACUGACGAAUAUGAAAAUGAUGUCGGCUCUCAUGGCUCCAGUUGUGUUCGCGUUGUUGCUUCUGUCUAAAGCAGCUUCUGACCUGAUUGAGGUACCAGUACAUCCAGGAGAUGACGUCACUCUACCAUAUCGGUCUAAUGAGUCCUCCAUCAGAGCUGUAGAGUGGAGCAGACCUGACCUGGAGCCAGACUACGUCCUCUUAUACAGAGAUGGACACCUGGAUCCAUACCACCAGCAUCAAUCAUAUAAGGACAGGGUGGACCUGGUGGACAGAGACCUGAAGGACGGAGACGUGUCUUUAACUCUGAAGAAUGUGAACAUCAACGACACUGGAACAUACGAGUGUCGAGUUGCAUCAGGUGGUUCAAGACGGAAAAAGAGAGCCGUCAUCAAGUCUGAGCCAAUCAGAAUCAUCCGUCUACAGGUUACAGAGCCAGACCUGAUUGAGGUACCAGUACAUCCAGGAGAUGAUGUCACUCUACCAUGUCGGUCUAAUGAGUCCUCCAUCAGAGCUGUAGAGUGGAGCAGACCUGACAUGGACCCAGACUACGUCCUCUUGUACAGAGAUAGACACCUGGAUCCAUACCACCAGCAUCAAUCAUAUAAGGACAGGGUGGACCUGGUGGACAGAGACCUGAAGGACGGAGACGUGUCUUUAACUCUGAAGAAUGUGAACAUCAACGACACUGGAACAUACGAGUGUCGAGUUGCAUCAGGUGGUUCAAGACGGAAAAAGAGAGCCGUCAUCAAGUCUGAGCCAAUCAGAAUCAUCCGUCUACAGGUUACAGAGCCAGACCUGAUUGAGGUACCAGUACAUCCAGGAGAUGAUGUCACUCUACCAUGUCGGUCUAAUGAGUCCUCCAUCAGAGCUGUAGAGUGGAGCAGACCUGACAUGGACCCAGACUACGUCCUCUUGUACAGAGAUAGACACCUGGAUCCAUACCACCAGCAUCAAUCAUAUAAGGACAGGGUGGACCUGGUGGACAGAGACCUGAAGGACGGAGACGUGUCUUUAACUCUGAAGAAUGUGAACAUCAACGACACUGGAACAUACGAGUGUCGAGUUGCAUCAGGUGGUUCAAGACGGAAAAAGAGAACCGUCAUCAAGUCUGAGCCAAUCAGAAUCAUCCGUCUACAGGUUACAGGUUCUCCUGGAGACCGAGACCUUGGACUGGCAGUAGGUGUUCCAGUGGGUCUGCUUCUUCUUGUAGCUGCUGCAGUGGUUGGUGUCCUGAUGUAUAAAAGACAUAAAGACAAGAGAUCAGGACCGCCUGCUGAUGAUGCUGAUGAUGAUGAAGCAGCGGGUGAAACGCUCAUCUGACAACUCAGAGACCUGCAAGACUCUAAGCUCGGUUCUCUGUAGGGUUUAUUACAAAAACAGAAAAC